AUGACCGACGGCGUGAGUCCCGACGCCGCCAUGACCACGGUGCAGGUCCUUCCUGUCGUGGGUCAGAGCUCAGAUUUCACUGAUGACGAGGAUGAGAACAACCCCUCGACUACAGUACACCCUGAGUACAUCCUGAGUACAUCCUCCUUCUGUGCAUGGUUCAUUUGGGUACAACUUUGUUUACAUUUUGUUCCAUGUAAACAGUCAGUCUUCAGCUACGUCGACGGAGACACCGAAGACCAGGAAUCGACGCCCAUCAUCCCCUGCACUUCGCCCGCGUCCCCUGAUGACCCCGCCCACGCCCCCGUCAUCCCCCACGCCGAGGCUUUCACGUCCGCGCUGCAGGGCGGCGCCGCGCAAGACCACCUUCGGCCGGAUAGCGCUGAGACCAACGUCCUAGGCUUCAAAGGCCCGAGGAAGAUGACCGUCGUGCUCCCGGGGAUGACUGCGGAUCACCAGAGAGUGGAGUUUCGGGCAAGUGGAGAGCACGACAGCCUCAUAGACCGCUGGAAGAGUAAAAAUAUGGACCAGCUCAUCGAACUGUGCAACAAGACCCCGGUGUGGAACGACGACACGCAGAGUUACGUCCUCAAUUUCCACGGGCGAGUCACUCAGGCCUCCGUCAAGAAUUUCCAGAUCGUCCAUGAGAGUGAUGUGGAGUAUAUCAUCAUGCAAUUUGGACGCGUGGCUGAGGAUGUCUUCACUAUGGACUACCGAUACCCUAUGUGCGCACUCCAAGCUUUUGGCAUAGCACUGUCUUCGUUCGAUUCGAAAUUAGCAUGUGAAUAAUAGAUAACUUUGUAAUGCUAGAUAUAUUCCUUUGUUUCUUCUUCAUCUUAUUCAUAUUCUCUUUUUUCUUUUCUUUUUUCUUCCAAAUGUUUUUUUUCUCUCUUUUUUUUUUCUGGGGGGGAGGACGGUGCGACGGUAGAGUGUGUUCCGUUUUAGGUUUUUAAAAGAGGCAGUUGUUUCUGAUGGGAAGGGAUAAGCAAGCUGCCACUAACUGUUAAUCGUCAUGCUAUGAAAGCGCUAAACAGGACAGUACUGUGAUGCCUUAAACAUUGGUCUUUUUGCCUGUAAAUGAAGAUGACUGUGCGAUGACUCUUCAUUGUCUCUGAAUAGUACCAUUUAUUUUUUUUCUGUUGUAGGAUUUUCUCUAAUUUUAUUACUGUUGUUGGGAUUUUUUUUACUUGUUUUAUAACUAUUGUAGUUUUUUUUUUCUAUUGAUGUCAUAGAUACUAAUUUUUUUCGUAUUUUGUUUUCGAAGAUCCAAGUAUACAUCCUUGCAAGCAGUUUGUUGCAAGAUAAUCGUGGCAUUCAUAUCAUUCCCUUUCUUUCUUUUUUUCUUUUCCUUUUUCUUUUAUAUUUUAAUCUGUAGACCCCACUUUGCUGUACAACUUUAAGGCGGAAAACUGUAUAACAUAGUUCACAAUUUAUUAUAUAAUUUCCAAGGUAUGGUUCGUAUUUUUAUAUGUGAUUCUUUGUAAAGUUUCUGUUUGAUUUAAUGGGAACAGAGUGAGGUAUUAUAAAAAUCUGUAUAUUAGUUAUAUGUCACUCAUGGAAUCAUAAUUCUUGGUAACAUAACUUGAAACUUAUUAAUAAUAUAUUAAUAUUUUUUAUUGUUAUUUACAAAAGAUGAGUAAUCUUUUAUCGUUAAGGAUACAAAUCUACAAAUAUCUGCCUGAUAUUAAAGUUUCAUUGUUUUUUAAUCUUAAGUUUUAUAUUUAUGAAAUUGGUUAAUUGAUUAACUGUAUAAGCCUUUCUUAUAACAAACUAAUACUUUUAUAGGAUAUAAACGUUGAAACGGGACCUUAUUCCUCUCAGUAUAUGAAAUCUGCUAGGUCUCCAUC